AUCAUCUGUCACAAAAAUGUCAACAAAUGCAAAAACAAAAAAGUUUUGUAUAAAUUGCAAUAAUCUCUAAAAUUUAUUUAUUUUCUAUAUUUUCACCACAAUUUUUACAUUAUUUAUAAAAAAACCAAAAUGAUUAUUUUUGGAGUUUAUAUAGUAAGCAAAUCUGGUGGUCUCAUAUUUAACUUGGACAACAAUGUCCCACGUAUUGAAAACGAAAGAACUUUCAGUUAUCCUCUGGAACUAGUUCUCGAUUAUGACCCAAAGAAAGUCACUGUUGUUUUUAAUCAAAAAGAUGGAAUUAAUGUGGGUCAUGUUCUUGUGGGAAUCAAUGGAAUCACAGCAAACGGAGGCACUCUUGAAGAUGGUCGCGAUGUGAAAACAGUAAUCGAAACGAAAGAGAACUAUCCACUCAAUUUGAAAUUCACACGUCCCAAAAUGACCACGAAUGAAAAAAUUUUCUUGGCAAGUAUGUUCUAUCCAUUGUUUGCCAUUGCCAGUCAGCUUAGUCCAGAACUUAAAAGUUCGGGUAUUGAAGUACUAGAAGCUGAUACCUUUACAUUGCAUUGUUUUCAAACUUUAACAGGAGUAAAGUUCAUUAUGGUAUCUGAAACUGGUCUAUCCGGAAUGGAUAUUCUACUUCGGAAAAUAUACGAGCUUUAUUCAGAUUUUGUUCUGAAAAAUCCUUUCUACUCACUCGAAAUGCCUAUUAGAUGUGAACUUUUUGAUCAAAAAUUACAAAGUUUACUCGACACAGUGGAAAAGACGGGACUUAAUAAUUUAGAUAAAUAAAUAUUUUAUAAAUACAUA